CUUUCUUUACCUUGUUCAACGCGCCACUCUCUCCACUCCCUCCACUCUCCACACUCUCUUUACCCGCAGCCCCAAUAACUCGACUCUCGUUUUCUCAAUCGCCGAUCCCACUCUUCUCCCAUCGAUCUCACCUCCGCUUCCCGCCGUUGUAUCGAAUCCGUUUCCGACCGAAAAUGGUAGCCAUCGCCGCCACCACUUACGAAGAAGCUCGCAACCAGCGUCUCGAAGAAAACAAAAGGAAAUUUCAGGAUUUGGGAAUCUCAAGCAUUUCAAAGACAUUGACUCACUUGACUGCUUCUCCGAACAAGACCCAGCAUCGUGUCUCGAAACCAAAAGCAAGGAAUGCUUGUUUGGAUAUAGAGCCGAGAAGGUCUUCCCGUCAACGCAAUACAGUUCAAACGUAUCGUGACGAAGUUGACAUAGACCUUUCGCCCUUGAGAAAGAGGUCGAGGUCGAGGUCGAGUUCAUCUUUUUGUGGAAGCUACCUUGCGAGGCCGAUGGAAGAAGUCAGACUUUGUUCUUAUGAAGAAAGGCAAGCUGCUCUUAAAGCUGCAGAGAAGCUUCUGGAGAAUCUACAAACUGAUAAUCCAUCUUUCGUCAAAACGAUGGUUCGAUCGCAUGUUUAUAGCUGUUUUUGGUUGGGUCUUCCCACAAGAUUUUGUGAUGAAUAUCUCUCAAAAAGGGGCUCAGAUAUGGUGCUGGAGGAUGAACAUGGCAAAGAGUACGAUGCUGUCUACAUUGGCACGAGAACUGGGCUUAGUGGGGGCUGGAGAGCGUUUGCACUGGAACACAAGUUGGAUGAUGGUGAUGCACUUGUAUUCGAACUGACUGAACCCACAAGAUUUAAGAUCUACAUUGUCAAAGUAUCAUCAAUGUCCAGUAUAAAAAGCAUUGUGGACAAAGAAGAUAUUCCCAGUGCUGAAAAUACAUCGAAGACAGCCGUGAAGCCUAACUCAGAAUCAACUCAAAAACGAAGAACUAAGAGAGGUUCUGUGUCUGAGAUUGAUGACUCACAACCUUCCCCGGGCUCAGAAUCAGAUCAGAGGCGAAGGUCAAAGACAGGUAUUGUAGCUCCAACGGAUGACGCAAAAGUUCCCACAGACUUGGAAUCAAAUCAGAUAAGAAGGUCAAAGAGAGGGGCUGCGCCUGUAGCAGAUGACUCAAAAACCAACAUCAACUCUGAAUCAAAUCAGCUACGAAGGUCAAGGAGAGGUACUGUGCCUGCAGUGGAUGACACAAAAGCUUCGCCUGACUUGGGAUCAGAUCAGAAACGAAGGUCCAAGAGAGGUACUGUGCCUGCAAUGGAUGACACAAAAGCGUCGCCAGACUUGGGAUCAGAUCAGAAACGAAGGUCCAAGAGAGGUGUCGUGCCUGAAAUGGAUGGCCUAGAAACCUCUCCCAAGCUUUCCACAGAGAGCCCCAAAGGUUGUGAAACCAAGCAGGAAGUCUCUGCAAUGAAGGUGGAUGAAGUUGCUCCUAAACAAGUGGGAAAGAAAGCUAAAGCAAACAGAGUACGUCUCAUAGAGAGUCCAGAAGGCUGUGAAGUCAAACCCGAAGAAACGGAGGAGAAACCCGAGGUACCAGAGAAUAAACCUAGAAAGAAAGUAGUGAAGCAAAGGCUUUUCCGAAAGAGAGCGUAGCUGGAGAGAGUGACGAAGAAAGCUUAACAACUUGUCGGCAUCGUAGAUUUUAGCUGCGGUUAUCGAGAUACGUCUCGUAGGUGAAGGUUAUUUGGACAAGGCACUUGAAUUUCGGUUCUCAGUGAAACCAUCCCAAUCUCUUGGAUUUUGACUCAACAUUUUGAACUUGCCUUGACAAAAUUAAAAUGGCAUAAUAUUAUGUGUCUUGUAUAAUUUGGAGACAAAUCUUUUAUCUUGUCGAUUGCAACUGGA